GAGCAAUGGGGGUACACGGACUGUGGAAGCUGCUUGAGACCACCGGGAAGCCCAUCAACCCCGAGACGCUCGAGGGCAAGAUCCUGGCUGUCGGUAUCCUUCUGGACAUCACAAGGACCCCCCUAUCGCUCUCUUCAACUCUUUCUUUCUCUCUCCUUGUUCUUGGCUUUUUUUUAAAGUAGUGUAAUGACCUGACUAGAUCAUAAAAGAACAACUGUCCAGACAGAGGAUUGAGUUUACGAAUGGACGGUUUAUUAAACCAACUUUACACAGGCUACUGUUUGGCCGUAGCCCACGCCAAAUAAAUGAAAGAUAACCCACAAGCCAAUCGUGACCUUCUCUUGUGAAGCCCAGACGUAAGAGAGAGAACAAAGGCAAAACCUGGUCUUAACUUCCAAUGCUCCAUCCCCCUGCCCAACCCCCCUCCACGCCACUCCGCCAACCACCAGGAUGCCCGGCAUCAGAACAUUCCAGGCAUUCCCGUGAUUGGCAGAUAGCAGGUUGACUGACAUGUCGGACCCCGCGAACACUGGGUACUGGCCAUCAGAAGACAGAGGAAGGAGGAGAAGACUAUGGAGUCCAAACAGACCAAUGACAAACUCCUCAAGACCUUCCUGAAGAGACAGGCCAUCAAAGCUGCUCUGGGAGAGAGGAGUCAGGAUCAUCUGCCCAGCCUGUCUGGUGUGAGGAGAGAGGAGGACAUGUACAUGCUGCCUGCCCUGCCAGCCCAGGAGGAGGAGAGAGAGAGGAGCAGCUCAGAGGAGGAGCAGCAGGAGGAGGAGGAGGACAGCCGUCACAUCUACCAGGGGGAUUUCUAUGAAGACUCUAACUCUGUGGACAUCAACUCUGAGGAGUUUUCUGCCAUGCCUCCUGAGGUGAAACAUGAGAUUCUUAAAGACAUGAAGGAAUUCAGCAAGAGACGACGCACCAUGUACCACACCCCCCCUGAGCGGUCAGGUGACUUCUCCCAGUACCAGCUAGCAGGGCUGCUGCAGAGGAACAAGCUGAACAUGCGUCUGGAGGGGGUGGAGAGAGAGAUGUCCAACCGCAGUGCAGGGAAUGCCCCGGGGGUGGAGCUAUACAACCAGGGGGAGGGGCACAGCGUGGAGACACGACGCCUCCUCUCAGAAGACUCCACCCACUACAUCCUCAUCAAAGGUCCGAAGAAGACCGACAACAGUGUGAGGGUGCCAGACAUCCAGCCUGCGGCCUGUCCUUGGUUGGGUGGUCCUCUGUCAGGGAGGGUUAGGACGGGGGGAGGGGAGAGACCUGAGCCCCUUUGGAGACCCAUCUCAGAGGAGGAGAGCCUGGAGGAGGGACCCUCAUCAUCGUCUAAACAUCCCCAGGACCCUAACCCGAGCCUAGGGGAUACGGCACCGACCUCCCCCCGGACACUGAAGGCCAUCCAGGCUGCCAUGGAUAGCAGCUUCUCAGAUGAGGAGGAGGAGGGGGAGGAUAGCUCCUGGGGUAGAGGAGGGAGUAGGGCUGAGGAGGAGGGGGAUAGGUCCUGGGGUAGAGGAGGGAGUAGGGCUGAGGAGGGCGGUGGCAGUGUGUCUCCUCGUACCCUCCUGGCCAUUCAGCGAGCCAUGGGAGAAGAGUUGGAGGUCGGCCCGUCCCCAUACACCACCAUGAUUGGCAAUUCUCCUGUUAAGCCCAACCCUCCCAGUCCCCAGCGUCCUGCGAACCGAUUGGUCGUCAUCAGCAGCUCAGAGGAGGAGACUGAAGGGAAGGACACGCCCCUGAGGACAACUCUGACCAAUGAGGACAGGCUUGGGGUGGAGAAGGGGGAUGAGCAACAGUCUCCCCUCCCCCUUAGCCUCCCCAUUCCUCCUGCGGACAGGGUGCUCCUCAGCAGGGAGGAGGUGGAGGAGAUUCUGAGGAGGAGCAAGGAGGAGUUGGAGCAAGCCAUCGACAACAGGAACAGGGCUUUCCACUCUGCAGUAGGUCAGGGGGACAGUUUGGGUCAGGCUGUCUGUGUUAUUCCCCCAUCGGGCCUAGGUCUAAACAGAGAGGAGGAGACGGGGAGGAGCAGCCUAGUGACUGGGCCUUUACCUCCAUCGCAGCAGGAGAGGAAUGGACAGAAGAACAGGGAGGAGAGGAAUGGACAGAUUGUGAAGAUGGAGGACGGUGAGGAGAACAGUGAUUCAGAGAGCUUCAUUGAUGUGUCUGAGGGGGAGGAGCUAAAGGAGGAGGAGACAGAUGAUUCACUGAUAGAGGUUGGGGGCGGUGCUCCAGCUAAGGCACAGGAAGACGUGGCCAAGAAGGAGGAAGAGGAGGAGGCUUUAAGUAGCAGAGAGAGGGAGGAGGAGGAAGAGUCCCAGCCUCCCACAGAGCCCAGCCCAGCUCCUCCUGCCCUAGCGUCUGUUCCUCUACCCAACGAGUGGGAAGACAUCAACGUGGAUGAGCUGGUGGCGCUAGAGAGCAGUCUCGGAGAGCAGCAGUCCAGUCUGAGAGAACAGAAGCAGCAGCAGGAACGCAUCGCUGCCACCGUUACCGGACAGAUGUGUCUGGAGAGUCAGGAGCUGCUGAGGUUGUUUGGCGUACCCUUCCUGGUGGCUCCCGGUGAGGCCGAGGCCCAGUGUGCAGCGCUGGACCGGACCGACCAGACCCACGGAACAAUCACCGAUGACAGCGACGUAUGGCUGUUCGGAGGACGACACGUCUACAAGAACUUCUUCAGCCAGAACAAAUACCUAGAAUACUACCAGUACGUAGAUCUACAGAACCAACUGGGUGUGGACCGUACCAAGCUGAUCAACCUGGCCUACCUGCUGGGUAGUGACUAUACGGAGGGAGUCCCGGGGGUGGGCUAUGUGACGGGCAUGGAGAUACUCAACGAGUUCCCCGGACCUGGUACAGAACCAGUCUGCAUGUUCAGUGAGUGGUGGUCCUUGGCCCAGCAGCAGCAACGUCUGACCUCUGACCCCCGUGACUCCAAGGUCAAGAGGAAGCUGAGAGGGCUUCAGCUGCGGCCGGGCUUCCCCAACCCUGCCGUGGCGACCGCCUACCUGCAGCCCAGCGUCGACCUAUCAGAAAGCUCCUUUAGCUGGGGUCGCCCACACCUCGACCUCCUCAAGGAAUUCUGUGAGAGUCGUUUCGGUUGGAACAGCAGGAAGACAGAGGAGACUCUACUUCCUGUUAUCAAACAGCUUAACACACAACAGACACAGCUGCGUAUCGACUCGUUCUUCCGUCUGGAGCAGCAGGAGAGACAGGCCAUCAAGAGCCAGCGCCUCCGCCGGGCUGUCACCUGUAUAAAGAGGAAAGAGAGGGAGGACGGAGGGAGAGAAGAGGGGACUGGCUCCCCGUCCAAGGCUAAGAGAGGGAAGGGGUCAGAGCCGAAGCAGAGGAAGGGAGAGGUGGAGGAGGGGACAGGGGGGUUUCUGGGGGCAGAGGUCAGUAAGCCUGCUCAAGAGGAUGUGGGAGUGGCCAGCCAGGAUGUGGGAGUGGCCAGCCAUGAUGUGGGAGUGGCCAGCCAGGAUGUGGGAGUGGCCAGCCAGGAUGUGGGAAGAGCCAGCCAUGAUGUGGGAGUGGCCAGCCAAGAAAGGAAGAAAGUAGGAGUGGUUAGUCCGGAUGUGGGAGGGGCCAACCUGGUUGUGGGAGGGGCCAGCCAGCAGAGGAAGGAAGUGCUUCCUCCUCCUAAUAACGGCGUACCUCAACCUAAACUCCUCCCAAGUAGGACGGAGCAGAAUGGCAGCAGCAGCUCCGGGGAUGACAGUGACGGUGACAGCGGGGUCGCCAUGGUAACGGCCCAGUCAGUGUUUGGGGACCAACCGAGGGAAGGGAGGGGGGUGAAGAGAGGUGGGAGGAGGAGAGGGGGAAAGAGAGGUGGGGGGAGAGGCAGAGGAAGGAAGACACUGUGAGAACUAUCAACUUUAAACUCUCGACCGGUCUCCUUGUGAUGAUGUCAUCAGAGGGAUUUGACCAAUAAGCAGGCGCUGAACACCACUGUGAUGCGUUUUCUGAGGGAUCACGUCUGAAACAGAUCGGUGUAAAAGACGCUGCUGUGUAAACCCGUGACGUUGUUGAUCAUGAGGCGUCUCUGCCUGUUGGUUGGUGUAUUUUCAAUGUUUGGAAUAAAGAAAGUUUUUUGUAUUACAAAGGCAGUCUUGUU